UCAUUGUUCAUGUUAACUAAUGUUAACAAAUGGAGCUUUAUUUUAACGUGUGACAACUUAAGCAGCUAUCCAAGUGGUGACUAGUACUUAUUCCACUGCCAUUGAGUUUUAUAUCUGUCUAUGGUCCGGAUAUCAACUAUUACCUUCCGACUAGUAUGUAUAACAGAUGCAGCAGUUAUCUAAUCCAAUUUUACCAGUAACUAUUUAAUAGCUAGGCUACUAGUACUUAUUUAUAGUUACUAGUAUCCAAAUAGUAAGUGUUUCAGCUUUAUUAGAUACCUGUAGCUGUUACUAGUGCCCUUUCCCCCCCUUUUUUUUUCCUUUAAAAAAAAAAAAAAAAAAUUCAUUAGUUAAAGUUGUAUUUUUUUUUUUUUUUAUACUUGUCAUAUGUUGUGACCAUAUCGGUAUCUACCGAUAUAUAUGUUCAUUUCUAAUGUUAUUGUUAUCGGCCCAAUUAGAACAUUUGGCUGAUAUAUUAAAGCCAAUAAAUAAUGGAUUAUUUCCUUCUCCUUCAGCUGAGACACUUCAGCAGCACACUGUUCAUAAUGAUGGUUUUGAAUUGCUUGAAAUAUGAUUGAAAUCAUUUCAAAAAGGAAAAUACAGUUAAGUGCAACGUGCAGUGCAGAUCUGUCAUAUAGGCUACAUAAAAUUAUAACGAGAACAUCAUAAUUGUGUGCUUGAGACAUGAUUUUUAUUGGUGAAACUUUUGUCUUUGUAAUCAGGCUCUCGGCUUUCAAAUAUAAAGAAUUAUCGGUAAUCGAUAUCGGCCAAAAUUUUCAUAUCGGUGCAUCCCUAGUGAUGACUUAUCAGGAUGGCUAUAAUAGUUCAACUAAAUUUUACUAGUAACAUGAAAAAUGAAUUCUGGUGUCUAUUUAAAUUGUACCACAAAAACAGGAAUAUUAUUUAAUAACUAACUGAAUUUGAAUAGUUAAAAGUAUCUAAAUAAUAUUACAAAUAAAGAUAACACUUUACAAUAAGCUUCCAUUUGUUAACAUUAUUAACUCACUCACCGAGCACUAAUUCAUGAUUCAUGUCUAGAAAUAUAUGACUGUGCAUGGAGGACUGAUGGCAGGUGUUAUAAAUGUAAUCAAUGAGAUCAGCACACUAAAAGUCAGCAGUGAGCUUUACUCCAGAGUAACAACAGCUAUCCACAACAGGUUUUGCUCGUUAGCAGCAGUCGACACCCAGAUCAAUGGAUCGUUCCAGGAGGAGGGAUGGAGCCAGAAGAGGAGCCUGGAGGAGCUGCGGUUCGAGAGGUCUAUGAGGAGGCUGGUGUGAGGGGCACCCUUGGCAGGCUUCUGGGGGUGUUUGAGCAGAACCAGGACAGCAAGCAUCGGACAUAUGUGUAUGUGCUUACUGUUACAGAGACACUGGAAGACUGGGAGGACUCGGUCAAUAUUGGUCGGAAGCGGAAAUGGUUCAAGAUCGACGAGGCGAUCCGGGUGCUACAGUGCCACAAACCAGUCCAUGCAGAGUAUCUCCGCAAACUCACUCCUCGCUGCGGCCCCACAAACGGCAAUGCUCAGGAGCCGGCGAACACGGAUGACAACGCCCCCCUCCGCCAGACAGCCUCACAGGACUGUGGACUGGCCCAUUUGCACAGAUAGAACUGCCACCAGAGGGCAACGAUGCAAGGGAAACUAUCCUUGGACUGGAAAAGACAGUUUUGCAUGUAUAAUUUCAAUGUUUACUAUUUGAAACUUUUUUUAAGUGUAGAAACCAAAGGCUUGUCGUGAAAUGCCUGCAAGUUUCCGGGUCAAUAAGAACAAGGAGAGCUAUUUUGAUAAUUUUUCAUUUGUCAACGUGCAUUUCAAGCCAAAUAAGGUAAAGUUAUUUGAAGAAGCGUGACGUCAAGUAUUAAGCGCAGAUUAAUGGAGACGCGUGCCGUGAUGGACAUUUUAGAAAUAUUAUUUUAGGUGGAGGAAGACAAUGAUGGAUGUGAAAUGGUUUGAUUGUUGUUAAGAAAGGAUAACUGGAAUGGGCCUUUUGAAAUGCUGUCUAUUUAUGUCUAAUAGAUAACUAGGCAUAUUUGUUAGGUAUUGGUUAAAAUUCUUGAUAAAGUACCAAAUAGGGGGAAAAAAAAUUAUAAUAAUGAAUUAUAGAAUACGUAAAUAGUCUAAAAGAGGAUUUGGGCUACUUUUGAUUAUAUUAUAUGCCUUCAUCACAGAUAUCUACCUGUAAUAUAGGUUUAACAUGCUGUGAAGUUGAAGGUCUUUUCACAGUUUGGUCUUAAAUGUGAAUUUGCCACAUUAAGCGGUACAAUCUGAUUACCUUUCUUUCUCUUUGCACAUAAAGGUUUAAUUUUCCAUCUCCUGUAAUUACUUCUGAGCCACUGUCUCUUUAAGACAUAAUGGCAUAAAAUGUGAGCAAAAAAAAUGCAUCUGGUAUCAUUGGUCCAUGAAAGACAAUGUAAUGUUAUGCUGUUUAUACUGCCUGAAGCGAUAUUCUGAAUAUUUCAGAAAAAAAAAAGGCAAAACACCUAAUGUAAACCCUAAUAUAUCUUGUCAAACCAGUGUUUUCUAAGGUCCGCAGAAAUGCAAUAUACAUGUAUUUUGAUUAUAGUAAUAAUUCAUACAUCAAUAACUCAAUCUUGGAAAUAGCUAAGGAGGAAUUUUAUUUAAUUGUGCAUAUGUUUUUCCUUUGGGGCCUUUAUGUUCUUCCUUUAUGUUUUUUUUUUUUUUUUUUUUUUGUCAGUGGAAUUUUUAUGCAGAAUUCACUGAACUGGAUGGAAUAUGUGGCCAAACUGUUUUAUUAAGACUGUAAAUGGUAAACAAGCAUACUUAUCUUUCUUCAGAGGGAAGAUUGCAUGUUAGGUUGUAAAUAUGUUUUAAUAUUAAAAAUGUCAGCUUCUGCCUAAGUAGUUUAUUUAGUAUUUUGAGUCCCACAGAUUGUUUUAGACAUUUAAAGUUAAAUUAUUGCACUGCAAAAAACACAGGCACCUCAGCUCUUUACCUGUUUAUCAGUGAGGCUCAAUAAACACUGUUUAAUAUGUAAAAGAUUACGGUGUUAAAAUGUCCACAAUGUGAUUGUGAUUUGACAGAAAUUAUUAUUAUUUUUUUUUUUUUUUUUUUGCCUGUCUUUGGAAAUCAGAAAUACCUUGAAAACUUUCAAACAAAAUAAACUCAUCUCUGUGUUCCAAACCCAUGAUGAACUCUGCAAAAAACAUCCAGUUGGGAUGUUAAAUGUGAUUUGUAAUCGCUUAUCUGUAUGUAUAUGCAUAUACACAAACAUGUCUAAAAGAGGAAUUUGGCAGGAUAACAUGUAAUCAGGUAAGGACUUUGUGGUAAGUCCUCUAUUGGAGGCAUUUAGGUGAAUGCAGGUAAAGCGGGCCAUUUAAGCUUGAUUGUGCUGUGCUCAAUGGGUUUAAACUUUCAAAGCAACACUAUUUCUUUAAAUGAUAAAAUAAUUUUGGUUGAUACAAUAUGACAGUAGGGGGGCGUGGCCACAGUUCAAUGGAGGACUCCCUCAAGGUGAAAGGUAGAAAAACCUUUAACAAGAUUUUCAUUUCUAACUUAUAAAGUUGCUCACUGAAUGUAAACAAAUAUUAUUGCGACAGUUCCCACUUUGUUUGUUUGCUACAGUUAAUGAGGAAUAAAAUGAAAAGAAUAAAAUGUUUAAAAAUG